GUCCGCCUCGUAUACUAUCAACCGGGUUAAAUGUCUAUAAAACCCUAAGCAGUCUUCUCCCUAACGCACCUGCCACCGAACCGACACCUAUCCCGUUUAGCCCCUCGUUUACGUCAUGAUGGAAGACAGCGACAGGAGGAACCGAGCCGAACCGGGCCGCUCCGGGCCUCACCGGGAAACGAGGGAGAGCGGCAGCCAGACUGACAGCAGGAUACAAGGUCAUGGCCCCAGGUUGUCAAAGGUAAACCUGUUCACCCUGUUGAGCUUGUGGAUGGAGUUAUUCCCUCUGGAGCAACCAGAGGACGGCGAAGACGGUCAGAUCCACGGGACCGGGCUGGUGGUGGUACAGGGAGGAAAAGUCCUGGGACUCCACUGCUCCGGAGCCGAGCUUCACGCCGGACAGUCGGCCAUCAUUCAGCACGGCGCGAGCCUGGCCGACUGCCAGCUCUACUUCUCCAGGAGGCCGUGUGCCACUUGCCUUAAGAUGAUCAUAAAUGCUGGAGUCAGUCAGAUCUCCUUUUGGCCCGGGGAUCCAGAGAUCAGCAUGCUGACGUCGGCGUCUCCGGCUCACACCAGCGGCGGCGGUGCGCCCCUCGCCCUGACAGAAGAAGCCGUGCUGGACGCGGUGGCGAUAGAGAAGCUGAAGUCCAACAGCCGUCCUCACAUCUGCGUGCUGCUGCAGCCGCUGGCGCCUGGCCUGGUGCAGUUUGUUGAGGAGACGUCGAGGGAGAGCGACUUCAUGGAGAGGAUGACGGAGGACGACCCCGAGCUGAACAAAGAGGAGCUCUUCAACAGACAACGCCGAAGACACUUCAGAGAUUUUUCCAGGCAGUUCUUGGUCGGUACAUCUCAGCAGCACAAGGAGAUUUUGGUACAAAUGGGCCUGGAGAACUUCUGCGUGGAGCCUUACUUCUCCAACCUGAGGAACAACAUGACGGAGCUGGUGGAGGUCCUAGCUAGCGUAGCAGCUGGGGUGCCUCAGCACAACUAUGGCUUCUACAGCGAAAACUUUGCAACCACAGUGCCUCCUCAUGCAGGGUACGUUUCUCAAGAGGUGGCUCGCCACUGCAUCAUCCAGGCCAGGCUGCUGGCAUACAGGACAGAGGAUCCAAAAGUGGGAGUGGGUACUGUUAUUUGGGCGAGAGGGAAGUCGGCUGGCUGUCGUGGAACAGGCUGCCUGGAUUUGGUCGGUUGCGGGUACAACGCCUACCCCGCCGGCUCCAAGUACGCGGAGUACCCUCAAAUGGACAAUAAGCAGGAGGACCGUCAGAGACGCAAAUACAGAUACAUUGUCCACGCAGAGCAGAACGCCCUCACCUUCAGGACGCGAGACAUCAAACCGGAUGAGGCAACCAUGCUGUUUGUGACCAAAUGUCCGUGUGACGAGUGUGUCCCUUUGAUACGAGGGGCUGGAGUUACACACAUCUACACCUCAGACCAGGACAGGGACAAAGAUAAGGGGGACAUUUCCUACCUGAGAUUCAGCACCCUGAAGGAUAUCAGCAAGUUUGUUUGGCAAAGGAAUCCGUCCCUUUCAUCAGGUCCUUCUCCUCAUGCAAAUGGACGUAUCGGGAAACACAGCAGGCAGACUGAGCCGGAGUACGGGAAUAAGAAACUGUGCACCAAGAAGACCAGGGAUUCGCCUACUGUCAGCUGAACACUGGCUGCUAGUCUUAACCAAAUCCUGUUCAUGGGCUUUGGGUUAUAGAUUUUAAGUUAAAUG